CUCAGGUCUUUCUGAAUGAUCAGAAGAGGAAGUGAAAAAUUCCCCUGACACAAAGAUUUGCUUUUCAUUGCUCAGGUUUCAGUCCUGAGCGAGUAGCCACAAGACGAGGAAGAAACUCUUGGGGAAGACUUUUUGUUUUUAGAAAUUGAGAGGAAAGAAGUCCAAGUAAAAGAUCUUCGCUAAUUCCAGCAAAGUCCCUUGGCUUCUAUCUUGUUCAAAGGGCUCGAAGGAUGAGUUUGGAAAUGACAGAUAAUGAAAGAAAUAGUUUUCAAGGAUUUGUGAAUGCGUAACGGGGGGGACAGGAGAGAGAGAAAGAAAAAAGCUGAAGAAAUUGAAGCUAGCAAGUAAGAGGAGCCACAGCAUGGGGAACUGCUGCCAGAAGAACUGUGGAAGUUUGGAGUCUUACCUGCUCUGGCUUUUCAAAGUUUGUGAUUGCAGGUCAGGAGGUAAGACGGUGACAAGCGAUGGAACAAGUGGCUCUCCGGUAGGACCACCGAUAUCACCGCCACUCAGAACGGUAAAACAGAGCUGCAGAUUUGUUGCCUUGUUUCCUUACCAAGCCCGGACUGAGGAUGAUCUGAGUUUUCAACCUGGAGAUAAGCUUGAAGUGCUGGAUACCUCACAGGAGGGCUGGUGGUUUGCAAACCUGCUUGUGGAGAAUGGUCUUGCCGGACCUGGACAAAAACUGCAAGGCUAUAUCCCAGCUAACUAUGUUGCUCCCGACCAGAGUAUUGAAGCUGAACCGUGGUUUUUUGGGGCUAUUAAACGAGCAGAUGCCGAGAAACAACUCCUUUAUCAUGAGAAUGAGACAGGAGCCUUCCUAAUCCGAGAGAGUGAAAGUCAAAAGGGUGAAUUUUCCCUUUCAGUUCGGGAUGGAGCAACUGUGAAGCAUUACCGAAUCAAACAAAUGGACAAUGGUGAUUUUUUUUUGACACGGAGGGCAACAUUUCACACUUUGAAUGCUUUUGUCAUGCACUACAGUAAAUCCAGUGAUGGGCUGUGUGUAAGGCUUGGGAAGCCUUGCAUAAAGACAGAAGUCCCAACUCCAUAUGAUUUAUCAUAUCAAACUGUAGAUCACUGGGAGAUUGACCGAAAUUCUCUACAACUUUUAAACAGAUUGGGUUCCGGGCAAUUUGGUGAGGUCUGGGAAGGAUUAUGGAAUAACAGAACACCAGUGGCAGUUAAAACAUUAAAACCAGGUUCAAUGGAUCCAAAAGACUUCCUCAGGGAGGCACAGAUAAUGAAGAAUUUGAGGCACCCUAAGCUUAUACAGCUCUAUGCUGUUUGCACUUUACAGGAUCCAAUUUAUAUUGUUACAGAGCUGAUGAGACAUGGGAGUCUGCUAGAAUACCUCCAAAAUGAUGCAGGUUCCAGAAUCCGUUUGCCAGAACAGGUAGAUAUGGCAGCUCAAGUGGCCUCUGGAAUGGCUUACCUGGAAUCCCAAAAUUUCAUCCACCGAGAUUUGGCAGCAAGGAAUGUCCUGGUUGGUGAUCACAAUGUUUACAAAGUGGCAGAUUUUGGACUUGCACGGGUUUUUAAGGUAGAGAAUGAAAAUGUCUACGAAGCCAAACACGAAACGAAGCUUCCAGUGAAAUGGACGGCUCCUGAAGCAAUUCGCUCUAAUAGGUUUAGCAUUAAGUCUGAUGUUUGGUCUUUUGGAAUACUCCUUUUUGAAAUAAUCACUUAUGGAAAAAUGCCUUAUGCAGGUCUGUUGGGUUUUCAAGUGCUCCAGAAACUGGAUCAAGGAUACAGAAUCCCCCAACCAGCUAAUUGUCCUCUAGAGUUGUACAACACUAUGCUGCAAUGUUGGAACGCCGAACCCAAAGAACGACCAACCUUUGAAACGUUGCAUUGGAGAUUGGAAGAUUAUUAUGACAUGGAUUCCACAUCUUAUGCAGAUGCAAAUACUUUUGUACGUUGAAUGAAUACAUGUUGUUACUGCUCAAGAACAACUUUCCUUUAGGAAUUUUUAAAAAUCAUUUCAAGUCAGCGUUGUAGAAUGAAGGAAAAUCUCCCUGUGUACAUGUGUAUGUGUGUGUGUGUGGACAGGUCCAUAUAUGCACACACACACACACACACACCCCUACUCUGUGC